CGGCAACGUCAUUGAUGGUGAUUAUGUACAUUUUUGAGGUUGUCAUUAUCAAAAUAUAUUUGUACAUGGUGAUAUUGUGUCAAAAUUGGUUAUUGCUUCUCUACAUAUCCGAGAAAUAGAAAGGUCCGAAGAUUAAAAGAACUAAAGGAACUAUCGAUCACUCCAUUAGGGCUUGCGCAAUGUCUGGGCGAAUUCCGCAUCGAGUUUCUCUAUUUACCUCGAAGAUGUAAAAUGAAAACCAAACGCUGUGAAGCGCAGAAAAAAUGUGAGAAAGUGUAUUUUAGUUAGUUGCGAACAGUUUUCUUACGCAUAAGACACAGCUUUAAAUUAUAUUUAAAUCGUUGAUGUUUAAAUAGUUAUACGAAAAGUUAAAAAUGGGAAAUUUACAAACUGGAGAGACGAAAUCUACAAAAAGCAAAAUAAAAUCUAAAGUGAAACUCGGAGGUAAGAAAAAAGGUAAAUUAGAAGAUAAUUUUACUGCCGUAGUACCCGAAGAUCAAGAUGAACUAUCAAAUAAUAUUCCAACGACCUUCACGUCCAUUCCCGAGAACGAAGUAUUUAAUAAGGAUUAUAUACGAGGUAAUAAUCAAUUAAUCGACGACACUGGACAAAAUUUAUGUACUACAAAAAGAUUUAAUGAUGUUUGCGACCAAAAUAAACCUACCACACCUCAAUCCAGUUCGGAAUCGUAUUUUACGAACCCACAAACGCCAGUCGGUGUUAUCAACAACAUCGAGAAACCCACCAAACUAGAUAUAGACCUACACAACGGUACAGAAACUUUUCUGCACAAUUUAACUCUGAACAGUUUUAAGCUCAAUGAGUACAGAGCCAGACAUGAGGAAGAAAAGACUAAAAAACUUAGUAAAUUAGGUGUUUCUAAGACGAGUCAAAUUAGUUUAGAUAGUGAUCCAAAUGAGUGUUUUGUAUCUGACAAUGUCGAAGUUGUCAGUCAAAUUCAUGCAGAUAGUGGGUUCGUCGAUCCUUUCUUGGAAAAUGAAGAGAAUGGAAAGUUGAGAAGUUUAUCUUCAGGUGAUGAACUCAACGACGUUCCACAAGUAGUUAGGAAAAUGUCUGAUGUUGGUGUUAAAAAUGCUAUACCAGAAUACAAAAGAAAUAUGUCCGUUCCUCUCGACAUGCCUGAACCUGAGGAACAAGUUAAGUUAAAAAAAGUAGCAUCCUUUACUUUAAGUAGAACAGAUCUAGAAGCGAGAAUUACAAAACCAAAAUUUGUUCCAGAAAAACUAGACUUUCAACUAUAUGAAAAAUUUGAAGGUCAUAUGUUAGUUAAUUGGUGUUUGUCUGAGAUUAACGAAAAAAACUCAAUAAGUAAGGAAAUAAAUUUUCAAGAAUUAAAAAUAUUAGUCAUUCAAUUCUGUACUCACCUAUUGGCAGCGGGAGUUCUAAAGCAGUUACCUGACAAAGAAGUCCCGAUGUAUAAUAUAUUUAAGCCUGAUUUAAUAUACUUCUGGACGCAUACCGAAGCCCCAGCAGCUGUUCCUCAAACACCCGGCAGGCUUAGCAUGAUAUCGUGGCCGCCCAUGUCUCCAUCUGAAAAUCUUAUGUCGCCUUAUGAAAACGAACCAAUAUCAGCACCUUCAAUCAUAGACGAAAUUCUUAAACCUAGACCAGAACUAAGGAACUCGGCACGAGAUGUAGAAAUAUUAAGUUUGGAAGAUGAAAUUAAACGACUCAAGCAAGAAAUCGAAAAAUAUAAAACGUUAGUUGAAAUUCAAACCCUUACAAAGAAUGCUGUAAUAGAUUUUUCUUCUCCUGUAGAAUCGCCAAGUAUAGAAGAAAAAUUGUCUGAAAAAUUUAUGAAACUUAAUAAGGAAGUAAUUAAAAAGGAUAUUUCGAUUCAAACAGAAGAAAUUGAUGGUAUAAAAAAACCUAGCACAGUUUCGAGGUCAACUUCUUGUGAUGACUCGUUUACAAACAAUUUGACACAAAUUUCAAUACAAUCACAAUGCAAUAAACCGCAAUUGCUCACUGAAAGUUCGUAUAUACCACCACCUCCUCCCAUGCCAGCUCCCUUAUCGUCAGAUAGCUCAAUACAAUCCCCUUUACCUCAGUUACAAAGUAUGACAACAACAUCAUUACCAACAACGAAUAAACCACCCCCUCCCCCUCCCCCACCACCUUUGCCAAUGACUGGAAUACCAGCGCCCCCACCACCACCUAUGCCAUCCACGCAACCAUCAUUAGGAGCGCCACCUCCUCCGCCCAUGCCAGGUAUGCCCCCUCCACCACCUAUGCCAGGAAUGCCAGCGAUACCUCCACCGCCGCCUAUGACAGGAAUGCCACCACCGCCACCUAUGCCGGGAAUGCCUCCUCCGCCACCUAUGCCAGGUAUGCCAGCACCCCCACCGAUGCCUGGUGUACCUCCACCUCCCCCUGCGCCAGGAAUGUCUGGACCGACGCCGUUACCAGCUCCCCCAGUUGGUGGAUGGAGCUCGCAAAAAGCAGUACUCAGAAAGCCAGCCCUCUCCCCCAAAGUACCAAUGAAACCCCUCUAUUGGACCAGAAUCAUAGCCACUUCUGACGAACCUGACAACCCUGAAAGAUCGAGCGCCCUUUGGAAAGAAAUUAAUGAAAUUCCCAUAAACGACAUUCCAGAUUUCACCGAUUUGUUUUCUAGACAAGUAGUAACCAAGAAACCGACAAUAAAGAAACAAGAAAGUAAACCUAAAGCAGCUGCUGUUAAGUUGUUAGACAGUAAAAGGUCACAGAAUGUGGGUAUAUUGGCACAAAGUUUAAAAACGGAUAUUCAGGAAAUAGAAAAUGCAAUCUACAAUUUUGAUACCUCGGUUAUAGGUUUAGAAGCAUUGCAUCAGAUUUAUGAAGUGAGAGCAAAUUCGGAGGAACUGGAAAUGAUUAAGGCACAUUUGGAAACAUCGCCUAAUAUUCCACUAGAUAAACCUGAGCAAUUUUUGUACGAGUUAUCCGAGAUAUCCAAUUUUGCAGAGAGAAUAUCCUGUCUGAUGUUUCAAGUAGAACUAGACGACUCAAUAAAUACAAUUAGUCAUACUCUAACCAAUAUAAAGACAACCUGUGAUUUUUUAAUGAACAACCCCGAACUAAAAGAAAUAAUGGCGAUCAUAUUAACCUUGGGAAAUUAUAUGAAUGGUGGAAACAUGGCCAGAGGACAAGCAGACGGGUUUGGUCUAGAAAUUUUGUCCAAACUUAAAGAUGUUAAAUCGAACGACUCCAAAAUUACACUUCUUCACUACGUUGUCAAAGUUUAUAUGAAAAAAAUUAAAAACCCCUUCGAAGCCAACCUGCCUCUACCGGUACCUGAACCUGGUGAUAUUAGACGAGCAGCUGCUGUUAACUUCGAUGAUGUAAGGUUGGAUCUAAAGAAGUUACAAAAACAAUUGGAAGUCUGUGAACAGAAGACACAAAGGAUAAUAGAAACAUCUUCGCCGGAAAAUCUCCAGCCAUUUAAAGAUAAGAUGUCUGUUUUCCUAGACCAUUCGAAGAAACAGUUGGCUGCUGAAUGGGACACGCUGGAAGACUGUCAUAAACAAUUUAUAGCUACUAUGAAAUUUUAUUUAUUUAAACCCAAAUCCGGAAGUUUAGAGACAUUUGCUCCCAAUAUGUUCUUUGAACUCUGGUUGCCUUUCUGUGAUGAUUUUAAAAAUAUAUAUAAAAAGGAGCUAAUGCGAUUAGAAAAGGAGAAAAUUCAAGAAAUUAGACGAAAAGAACAAGAAAGAAUAUCGGAAGUAAAGAAAAUAAAAGAGAGAGAGAACGGACUGAAAGCCAAAAUAAAAAGAGUUAAACACAAGCUGCAAACUAACACGUGAUUUUUAUUAUUAUAUUAUUCUAUAUAUUUUAUUUAUUUAUUUCGAAUAUUUUAUUUGUAUCCGUUGUUACAAUGUUCUAGAAGUUUACGAAUAAGAAAAAUAAAUUUAUUUUUAUAAA